UUAAUAUGUCGCAUCAUCCUUGUACCUUCGCGAAGAGAUCUCAGAGUGAUGCAGAUAGAAACGAAGAGACUUCAUCAGCCAUUACUCUUCAUCAGAGUGUUGAGCUCCCAGUAAACGAAUCGUACGAAGGGAGAUUCAUUGAGAAGGUUGAGGCCAAACCACUUCCAGCUAAUGUUGAAUCCACAGCCACUUCUGCGGAUAAUACUUCAAUAGUAUUAAGAGGCUCACAAUCGACUGUUGGGGGCAACAAAUCGUCCUAAUCUUCAGGAAGAUAGGCUUCGAAACCCUGAGAAGCAGGGUCCAAUCAAGAAAACUCCUAGCAGCGUAAAGAAAAUGAUAAGCGCCUUUGAAAGCGGCUCAGCUGAGGAUAUGAGGCCUCAAAUCAAACCGCCACCAAUACAAAUUCGUUCGAAUAAGAUUAAAACAGGAGCUCUUUUGGAAAGCCAUAACUUAGAAGAACACAAGAAUGUGACAAGUACAGAAACUGCACAAUCAAUAUCAAAAGCGGUAGUGAAUCCUUUUCGGUCAGGGGACUUGAAUAUUGGUCCAACAUCUGGUGAAAAAAGCGGUGAACAAAUUAGUUUACCUGGAGCUUUGGAUGCGAUUAAAUAUUCACAUCCCGCUGGGAUAAAGAAUACAUUCAAAUUAGAUAUACACCAAGUAGUUGACAGAAAGAAAGGUAACUUUCCCAAUGAUUUCGUUAGACCAUCAACAUUUGAAACGGUACAAGAAUCAGAUAAGGUUCUUGGUAAGCAUAGGCACGAGCCUUGUGAUAUGCCCCGUGGAAAGCGACAUUCUGGUGGCAUUCACGGUAUAGAGGAGAGUCGAGUACAAGUUUCUUCGAGAAACUCUCAAAUCACCGACGUUCAAGGAGCUUCACCUAGUGCUAAUGCAUGUACAUCAGAAGCAAACUUGGAAGAUAGGCACAUUCGAGGAGAUUCAGGUCCCAAUGUAUGCACAUCAGCAGCAAAAUGUGAAGAUAGGCACGAUCCCUUUGAGAGAUCUGGUGACUGGAUAUUUCCAGAUGAAGCAAUACGCUUUUGUAUAACAACUACUGGUACAAAUAUGAUGGAUUCACGAGGUGGUUGCAGAGAGAAUCCAAGUAUCCAUCAACAAAAGAUGAUUUUUUCACUACCAUAAAAUGUUGAAGAGUAUACUGUGUAUAGAAAUGAGGAGAACCAAAGACGAAGAUCAAAGGUUGAGACUUCAUCAAAGGAGGCUGGAACUUUUGGGGGGCCGGUUGGGCCGGAAGUAAAAGCUGCAAUUAUAAUUGGCUUUGGCACACUUGUUCUCCUUACAAGACACAGAAAAAACAGUGAUCUAGGUCAUUGGAAUACUUUAGAGGAGGGGGAAGCUUCCAAGGAAGAUGGAGGACACAGAAGUAGAACUGCUGCAGAAUCGCUAACAGUUGAACCACAACGUCAUCAACCAAAAAUAUUCCUUCCAACCUGGGAUAUUAUCUUUACAGUAUCGCCUGCAUUUUCUCUCUUCGUUGAUCCCUUGAUCUGCUAUAUUCCGUUCAUCGUCAAGAUCGACGGCCCUGGCUUCUCCUGGGAAGUAUCGUUGGUGUGGACAUUUUUGGCUUUACGAUCAAUCGGGGAUCUCUUUUAUUAUAUGGACAUCGUUGUUUUUGAAGAGAUUUUGCACCAAACUUAGUGCCAAGUCUUCUGCAGAGGCCUCCUCCACAAAAACUAAUGAUGAUCGUCUUGCUACAACACUUCGUAAUUUCAUCCACAAGAAACCAGUUAGGUUCUUAGCCAUUCUAGGUCGCAUUUGGGUUGCUUUUCCCUUUCCACAGGCACUAUUGCUCGUUGGAGGUGCUACAGAAUUUGAUUAUUAUAUGCUUAUUUCACUAAUUCCAUUCCAGUAUAUACUGAGGGCUUAUAACUACUACAAAUGGCUUGAUCGACGUGCUAACGUAGAGACUGUACCAAGAAGAUUCCUUAAAGCUAUAUUAGACUUCGUUCCUUUCAUCAUUGCUUCUCAUCUUUACGGAUCCUUGUGGUACUUUUUUGCUGUGGUACAACAUAUAACGUGUGAGGGGAAAGAAAACUGUGACUAUGGUAUAUAUAAGUAUGCUAAAUCUGUGUUAACGUCAAGAUAUCUUCCAAGAAAGAUCUUGCACUGUUCUUGGUGGGGCCUGCGAAAUCUUAGUUCUUUUGGUUCAAACCUUGAGACCAGUUUCGACACGAUCCAAAUCAUCUUUUCUGUUGUGAUCUCUAUAAGUGGCUUGAUACUAUUUUUAGUAUAUCUCAAUUCGAGGGUGCAGGGGUUCCAAAAAGCAGCCGAGCAUCGGAUAUUGAGAAAGAAGAAGGAAAAGACAUAUCCAGUCUUGAUAGAACAAACACUUACCGUUCCUCGUUUCUGCUUGGAUUCAUUAAAGAAAGUUCCAAUUAUUGAAAGUAUAGAUAAAAAAGGGUUGAAAGCAAUAUCUGAGCAUCUAAAGCCGGUGAUUUAUAAUGAGGAUGUGUAUAUUAUUAGGGAGGGUGAACCGUUGCGGAAGAUGUUGUUCAUCUGGCGAGGCACUACUUUGACCUACACAACUAGUAAAGGUGAAACAAAUGUUUGCAAAUGCCUUGAGAAAAAUGAUUUAUAUGGAGAAGAACUUGUAAUUUGGGCAUUGAAAUCUGCCUCAUUUUCUGAGUUGCCUAUCUGCACUACAACCCUGGUGUCCCAGUCAAAAGUUGAAGCAUUUUCAAUCACGGCAAGCAACUUGAAGUUUGUAAUCGCUAAGUUUUGGUUGUUCUUUAGAAGGGAUCUUUCUCACUCUCUGGUGGAGUGUUUUGCAGCUUCUUCCAUACAAGUAGUCUGGCGCCGCCACCACUCAAAAAAGCUAAGAGAUCAACUGGCUGGGACAAGUGGAGUAUUUUGCAGCUUCUUCCAUACGAGUAGCCUAGCGCCGCCACCACACAAAAAAAGCUAAGAGAUCAACUGGCUGGGGCAAAUGUGUGUUUUGAGUUGGUAUCGCUUUUGUUUUGUGUGUGUGUUUUAAGUUGGUAUUGCAUGCUUUGGUUCCUCUUUAUGUUGCUUUACUCUCUUUUGGCCUUGGUUUCCCUUCAAUUCCGUGGUGUGUCCUACAUUUUGGUUUGUGGUAUGAAAAGUGUGUAAUCAUUGACAUUCGUGAGAACGAUAUUAUGUAUGAAUUAAAAGCUCAAAUUGUGGAUCAUCUUCUUCAAAUUGAA